AUGAAGAAUAUUGUCCUUGAAACCUAUAGCGGGAAAGCUGAUCCCAAGGAGCACAUGUUAUAUUUCAAUACAAAGAUGGUGAUCAGUGCCGCUUCCGACGCUGUGAAGUGCAGGAUGUUUCCAGCUACGUUCAAAGGCACAUCCAUGGCGUGGUUUACCACGCUACCCCGAGGGUCCAUCACUAAUUUCCGUGACUUCUCAUCAAAAUUCCUUGUCCAGUUUUCCGCCAGUAAAACCAAGCAAGUGACAAUCGAGGAUCUCUACAACAUCUGCCAAUCCGAGGGCGAGACUCUUAAGCAGUACGUAAAACGAUUCAGCGCAGCAUCAGUAAAAAUUGAGGAGUCAGAGCCACACGCCUGUGAGCAUGCCUUCAAGAACGGGUUGCAGCCGGGGAAGCUGAAUAGCAAGCUGAGCCGCAAGCCGGCUCGGUCCAUGGCGGAGAUCCGGACGCGAGCAAACACCUACAUUCUGGAAGAGGAGGAUGAUGCUUUCAAGCGAAGGCGCGCGAAAAAGGAGAAAGACGGCGAACAGGAGGACGCUUCGCCAGAAGAGAAACGGAGUAAGGAGAGAGGAGAGGGCAGCAAAAAGCGAGACAGGAAGGUGAGGACAGGAGAGAAGGCUGCGAAGGAGCCGUUGUACCCCAAGAGAGAAAAUUUUGAGCGCCGCAGACCGUGGCAUCAAGCUGACCCUCGCUGGCGAGAAGAGUCUGGGAGGAGUCUAAAUGCACAUUUGACGGAGUUGCUUCGAGAGGUCAAGGCAACCCACGCGGUUGAGGAAGGCGAGAAAGAGGCCGACCCGCCCCGAGCGGCGUUGGAUAAAACGAAGUGGUGCGAGUAUCACCGCUCGGCGGGCCACGACACGGGAGAUUGCUUUACCCUGAAGAACGAGAUUGAGAGGCUCAUUCGAGUGGGACGAUCGCAGAUGAACGAUCGUGGCGGUCGGUGGAAUGGAGAACGACGACAAGGGAGCCGGUACAAAGGAGGUCGUCAGCAGGAUGACCUCAGGCGAGACGACCGCCGACGUACGCCAGUUGGGACAAUAAACACAAUCGCAGGUGGCUUCGGCGGGGGCGGAGACACAGCGUCGGCAAGGCGAAGGCACGUGAGAGCAGUGACAUCAGUGCAACAGUAUGAAACUCCAUUCGGUUUCCAGCAUCCUGAUAUUGUGAUAUCGUCGGCAGAUUUCAAAGGGAUCAAGACACACAAAGACGAUCCCGUGGUUGUAAUGAUGAGGAUUAACAGUUUCCAUGUGCGGCGGGUUCUUUUGGACCAAGGAAGCUCCGCUGAUAUCAUCUACGACGAUGCUUUUGAUCAAUUAGGAUUGACGGACAAAGAUUUGAUGCCCUAUACAGGAACAUUGGUAGGCUUCUCGGGCGAGCAAGUCUGGGUACGCGGAUAUGUAGAUCUGGACACAGUCUUUGGUAUCGACAAUAAUGCCAAGCUACUCCACGUAAGGUAUCUUGUGUUCCAGGUUAUGGUAUCCUACAACGUCAUCAUUGGACGGAACACACUCAAUCGCCUCUGUGCAGUAAUUUCGAAGGCACACCUGGCGGUUAAAUAUCCGCUGAUAAGUGAAAAAGUGAGAAGUUGA